AUGUUCAUAUCCAAGAUCAACCCUCAGGAAGAUGUUAUUGUAAUGGCAGAUGAGUUUUGGAGAGAAUUUUAUGGAAAGAUGUUCAAAGGUGGUCAAUCAACUCUGUAUUUAGGAGAUAGGUUUUGGAACGUUAACAUGGACGGAUUAACUGACAGGUGUGUUUUUAGUCAUGGAUGUUCGGAGAUGAUAAAUGAACUUGCAUUAGACAGGAGAUCUACCUUUGUUUUCUCACUGCAUGGAAAUAAGAUCUUCGAGGUUUCAGUAUUUAAUCAUGAAACCGGUACUCAAAUUCAGAACAACAGGGUUGAGUUAGUAGUUUUGGACGACCCAAUCUAUGUUGACGAUUGUGAUGAAUUUGCUAUCGAGACGGCAUGUAAAGAGGAGUGUAUUGAUGCUGGAACUGUGAUUGAAGAAGGUGUUGCUGUGGAAAGUAAAGAUGUAAAAGCUCAUUUGGCAGGUUUUAAAGAUAUGUUCAAUGAUCAAGACGAUGCCAAGUUUGAUACCUUUUUCUCAUCUCUACUUGAAAUGGAAGACCUUAAGAAGAAGUUCAAAGAGAAUUGGGAUUCAAAAACUGAAGGCAAAGGCAAAGCAAGUGUUGUUUGUGAUGUAGAUUCAACUAUGAAGGAUGACCCGAAGGCGAAAACUAUUGAUAAUGUUAAUGAAGAUAUUACUUUAAAGGUUGUAUUUGUCUUACUUAAACUAUUAUUUGUUAAUUUGACUGAAUUUGUUUACAUUAUUUUGAAAUUUAUGUUUUGCUUUUUUCAGGACAAAAGUAUGAGUGACAUGGAUCUCGACAGCUUUUUGAUACCAAAAACUGUUAUGAUGAAUGAACCGAGUCUGUGCUCCGCAGUUGUUUCUGAUGCCAUUACGAACAAUACAGUUGAUGUUCGUCAAUCUGUUCUGCCGCGAAAGAUGAAGGCCCCUAAGAAAUGUAAGUCAGUAAUCAUUCAGUCACAUGAUUCUGUAAUUGCUCAUCGUACCCGUUCAAAGUUUGGAAACAAAAAAGAAACUGUUGUUGAUAAGGUCGAGGCCGCUGAACCUGUACCUGUUAGCCGUAAACGUUCCAAUUUGAAAACGAUGAAAACAGAUUCAUUCAUUGAAUUCACGAAGGUAGCAGAAAAUCGAUUGCGUUUACCGUGUCAUGUUUCGGAUGAUUUGUGUCUUUCUGUUGACAACCUGCCUGAAGUUUCGGUAAAAAACCUUAGAUGUGAGGUAACAAACAUCAAGACGUUAGCGGAAAGGACUGGUGAUGUUUACAGGUAUGGUUUUUCCAAGUGGUCGAGAUUCUUGAAAUCAAAUCAAAUACCCAUUGGCGCUACUCUAUUCUUUAAAUAUGUGAAGUCUUCUCAGCUUUUGAUGUUGACCAAAGUUGUUCACAAGACUACAAAGAAAAGAGGUCGUGCCUGACUAUUUGCAAUUGUGGUCGUUAGUUUGGACUUUAGAUGUUUUGGCAACAUGUUGGUUAUUACUUAAUAGUAGUUCUUAAUGUUUUGGAAAUCGGA